GGUAGGGACACCAUCUUGGUGGAAGCCAGUACCUACAGACAGAUGGUGCAGGACUUGAGCAGCAUGAAGACAGCCCCUUGGCAAACUCAGCAGGAUGCUUCAAGAUCCGAAAGCUCUUCAAGAAAUGCUUGCAGUUUGCCAGCCUGAUGCUGAGAGAGAACCUGGCUUAGAGACCAUGGAUAACAUGACCCAAUGUGAACAGAUACCUGUACAGGAAGGAGAGACUCAGACUGACUAUGUACAGUUGGAUUCAAAGGUACCUGUCCAAACACGUGAAGCAGCAUCGCAGAGUGAGGGUAUGCAGAGAGAGAACAGAGGAGUCCAGAGUGAUGUCACAUUUACUGGAUGCAAGCAGUGUGAAGAUGGCUUCACCAGCGAAGGAAAACAAAGAGACAACAAUGUCAUCCAACAGAGGUCAGAGGUUACAGCCAGCAGCUACCUGUCCAGAGAAGGAUGCCUCUCCAUCUCCUCCUCAUCCUCUGCCGGGGAAGAAGGAGUUCUUCGAGAGCCUUGGAGGGGGUCCUCUGGCCUGGAUCAGGUCACUCUCUCUCCUCUAGGAAACAGCCUCAGCUCUGGCGAUACCAGCGACGACAACAUCACCCGCUUAGGGAGGCAGAAAGUUACUAAGCCCCAUCGGAAACAUGUCCGGAUAUCUGAUCAAGGUAGUGAUGGUUCAGGGUCUGGUCAGCUGAAGCUACCAAGUCAACGAGGAAGCUCCCUGCCAAGGAUGAACCGAGAUAAAGGGUCAAGUUCAGAGGAGAUUGGCGAGGUGUGCAGUGGGAGGUUGAAGCACCCUCAAAGCAGGUUGGGUAUGAGGGGAAAGUUGGUGUCUCCAAGAGUUGCUAGUGGCAGGUUGUCCAGUUCUGAUGAAGGGACAGGUGCUGGUGGUAGGUUGGUGUGUAGGCAGCGGAAUGAAAGCGAUAGCUCCCAUGAUAGCAGUGAAGAUUCAGGAUCACUGGGGGAGAAGUCUAAGCAGGCUCAGAUGAGGAGACCAGCUUCUAGGAUGCAGCGACCAAGACAGAUACAGCGACCAAAGGCUAGCCAGCAACAGGGCAGGAAACCUGAUGGCAGUGUAGCAUUGGAUGGCAGAGGCAACCAAUCAAGCAGACUACAGAAACCAAUUUCCUACCAUAAGGGAGAUGGCAGAGGAGAGCAGACGAAGGCUGUUCCUCCACAAGAGCAGCAAGGAAGCUUAGAAUGGCAGCAACUGCAGCUUCAACAGCAACAAGACAAACUUCAUAAACAACACCAGGCUGCCCACAAACAGCAACAGGAGAAUCAGCAAAGACUGCACAGCCAACAGCAACAACUGCAGAAGAAUCAGCAGGAGAAGGUGUCUGCUAAUCUGCAGAAGCAACAAGAGAUAUUGGUUGAGCAGCAACAGCAGCAGCUUAAGAGGCAGCAGCAGCUGCAACAGCAUCACAUGUGGCAGCAGCAACAACAGAAAAGCCAAGAGCUGGCAAUGCCCAAGUUUGCCCGAACCCAAGGGAUGAUCACAAAGCGGUCAAGCAAUCAAGACUUGACGUCGUCACAACGAAGAUCCCCAGAAACUGUAAAAACCACUCAGGAACUGAGGCAUUCUAGCCCUGAUCUAAUUGACAAUAAACUUUCCUCAACUCAACAUACAGCAACAGUACAUAUCCAAGAGAAAUGCCCGAAAUCCCGUCUCCCUGCACCGUCAUCGAGGCUGCCCUCAAGUCGACAGCCUACAAAUGGUGCAGUGAAGAGAGACACUGGAAACCCCACACAAACCAAGAACAUUGCAAAUGGCAUUCCAGUCCACAAAUCUAAGAUGCCCAGCCCAAAGUCCCCCAGACGUACCAUUCCUUCCAGUAACGCCCCAAAACUUCAGAAGGGUUCCCCUCCUCCAGAGAAGCGAAUCCCGAGUGUCACAAACAGCGCUGGCGUCAGGCAACCCGGUAUUCAGCUCCAGUGCAACCAGAAUAACAACCCAACUGUUGCUCCAAGAGGGCAAUUCCAGACGACAACCCUCACCACCACCACCACAACCAUCACCACUACCACCCUACCACAAGGCACCUCCAAGCUCCCCUCUCCCGUUAAAUCCAAUAUCAAACCUCCAAGUAGGUUAGCACAGCCGAAGGUCAAAGUUCAUAGUAAGAUUCCAAAAGGUUCUGGCAUUCCCAUGAAGAGUCGUGAUGCAUACUGAAAUCAUCCCAAAGACAUUGGAUGAAACCAAAACAUCAUUGGUGUUAUUGACAUGUGUUAUGUGUAAGAAUGGUGAAUCUCUACUUAACUUAUUCAAUACCUGAUUAAUUUAUUGAUUAUCAAAGAAAACUAAAGGAAGAAGUGAUUGUCAACUCAUCAUGUCAGAAAUAAAUUUGAGAAUUGGUGAACUCUUGAAGACCAGUUUGGGUACUCAACAUUUUUUGGGAUGUGGAAGGAUCAGUAUUAAGCUUCAAUCAGCUAGUCAUUGUUUUAAGAAAAUAGAGAUUAAAGGCAGCGUCGAAUUUGUAAAGGUUGUUUAAAUAUAGACCAUUCACUAUGCAAAUACGUGGCAUAGGUGUGCUUUCUUUUAGCAUUUGCCCUAUGAAGAAUCAAAUAAUAGUAAAGGACUUAUGAAGAAUCAAAUAAUAGUAAAGGACCUGUGUUUCAGGGAAAAUGUGCUAGAUUUGUGCUUAUAUGUCAUGGGUUUGGCAAUUUUACAAAAAUCAAUUUGCCUGAACCUGCAUUAUUCCAUGCUGGAAACCAUGACAUCAAGUGUAAAUCCAGCAUAAUUUACCAAACUCUUGCAUUCUUUACCAUGAAUCAUGGGGUCAUUCCAAGUGUGAAUGCUCAAUAAAGCAAAAGUUUGAACUUUGAAAAGUCCAUGGUCUACAUUUAAACCACCUUUGUGACUUCCACCCAUAAAGGUUGAGUAUGAACAGUACUGUGGACACCGUUUUUCAAUCAGCAUUUGCCACAUGCAUUUUCGACUGCUCAUUAAGGCUUUGAGGGUCAAGUGGAAACACCUUUAUAGUUGAAGUGUGAACACAUCCUAGGACACCUUUAAACAGGUGCACGUUGGGUGAGGUGAUAGUGAUGGAUAAAACGUUACAUUGCAAGACAUAUGCUUCCUUACAUGCUAAGCAAAGGGAAAAGGUAUCGUCUACACUUGAAGGAAUAACUACCAAGAUGAUCCUAGUCUGCAGGUUCAGACCCUGAUUGAAACGUUGAUCAAGAAGCGGGUCUUUAGACAAUACUAACAAAAAAUACAUGAUUAAUUGCACGUGAAGCACAGCUGGCAAUUUCGAAGUAUGGUUUUCUUUUGAUGCAGUCCAACAUACAAAAUAUGAAUAGUUAUCAAAGACGUAAAUAUUCACAACUGUAUGGUAUCCGCCUUAAAAUUAAAAAACGACAAGAGGUAGAAUGAGAGGAAUCUUCUAUGGAUAAGUUCCAGUCUCCAGUCUACUGGGCCAUCGUCAGUUUGUGCCAGUUUCCGCAAAUUCAAAGCAGCUAUGGUGCCUAGUGUCGGCUAAAAGGUGCCUAGUGGUAUGCACUGGCUCAAAAUGCCUCUCGUGUGUGUUGCCGCGUAACGACACCAUAAUAAGUUUUGUGCGAACUUACGAUUUCAGCAAGAUGCCAAAAAUUGAAUUUGGCACUAUGAAAAUUUGAAACAUUUUGAAUGUUCAAUUCAAGUUUUGGCGCUGUUACGCGCACCACGCGCCAGUUGGGAGGCAGUUUGAGCUACCGCACACCACUAGGCACCUUGUUGAUGACAAUAGGCGCCACAGCUGCGUUGCAUUGGUGCCAACUGGCGCAGCUGGCGACGGCCCAGUGGACUCCUAGCAUCAUAGAAUUUAGGCUGCAUAUUAAGUCCAGAGGCCCAUAACACAAAACUUUAGCCAUGAUCGUAGAACAUUUUUUAUGAUUGAUUCCAUCGACUACAAUCAAUCGUGAAAAUUGAGUGUACAAUUAAUUGCUAACCUUUGUGUUACGGGACCCAGGGGAGUGCUUUAUCAAGGGAUCUUAGUCUGACAAAUUGUCAGCUCUGACAACUUUCCUUGAGUUUGAUUGACGGUUCCUAUGGUAACUGUCGGAUAAAGCAGAGCUGUCGGGUAAAUGCUCCGGGAGGUAGAAAGGGAAUGAGACAGAUAUAUGUACUCAGAUAAAGUAUUAAAAGCUGUACAUUUACUCAACAUAAUUAUGGCGAAAAUAAUUGUAUGAAUUGAUACAAAAUAUAGUGCUACAUAAAGGCUUCUGUACAUAUGCAUAAUUUUACUGGUGUGUACAAAUUACUGUUGCAAUUGUAUUUAUAGCUAGGCCUAGCUCUCUGCAUUGUGAAUACAAAAGUGAGGUGAUGUUGUGAAUUGCUUAUCAAGAUAAAUUGAUAAUUUGAAAAAUAAUUGCUGAUUCAGACUUCAAAUGAUCCACAGCAUGGUUUUAAGUUGCAGGAAAUCAAUGAUAUUCCUCUGAUAUAUCACUCCAGAACCCUGGCUGCUGACUUAAUCCUAUUACUUGACCAAGGAGUCUUGAUAUAUACAAUUACACUUGAUGGAUUGUAUUUCAUAUCACACAUGGUUUAAAGAGCUGUGCUAUGGAAACAAUCUCGGUAUGAUUUAGCCAAUUACUAUUCUUUUGGAACGUAUCUGCGUAAUCUCUCUUGGAUAAGAAGCUAAAGCACUUUAAAUAGCUGUGUUAUGCAAAAGACUUUUUAAAUGUUUAAGCUAAGACUAUUUCAUAUGUAUAAAUAUGAAUGCACUCUCUUUAUGAUAUAUUCUUUUUAUUGAAAGAUCAUUCUAAAUGAGGAACUUUUACAGGACUUACAAAUUUAGUUGCAGUCGUCUCGUUUUUCUUUGAAUCAUUAAAGCUUAAUUGAUUUAGGCAUGAACUUUUACAUGUAAAUGUUAGUGAAGCUUAGGAAUGUUUGCCCUUGCACACUUUGCAUGAUAACCAAGAAAAUGGUUCAUUAAUCAUCAACCAAAUUGAGUCUAUCUUCCAUCUUCAUUAACUCAAAAUUAAUUUUUAUCUGGUAAUCAAUGGAAAUAUAUGACUGCAUAUCUUCACUUUCAUAGAAAUAUAAGGAAUCGGUUAGAAAUAUCUUCGAUAUCUAAUCGUAGAUGACAUUUCAGAGAGUUAGUCUAGGGAGCAAAUUCUCCCAGGACCAGGGGCUGUAGUUCCAGGGCGCAACACACCUUUGGGGAUUGGCUAUGAUUACUUAUUUUAAGACCAUGAUUCAUCCAGCAUUUGGAAGGAAGGACCCUGGCAGUGGGUGACCUCGAAGAACCCCUCAAGAACACACCCUCGCUCCAGCUAGACAGGCCGACGUCAUCAUUUGUGGGAAAGGUGAGGGGGGAGGAGUUGGAUUGUGGGAUUUGGGUUGAGUGCGAGAGUUUGCUAAAUUGCAGUUUGUCCAGAGGCAUCCCCGUCCAUGAAACGAUAUCCAUACUUUCUGGAGGGCAUCCAUGGUAAAAUGUCCAUCGUCCUGGUCUAUGGACAGUACCUUAAAGUUGAAGUGGGGAGGAGUUGAGAUUGGGGGCGAGGGUAACAUUUCGCUGAAUUGCCAUCUGUCAGGAGAUGUUGUCAUCCAUGGUAUGAUGUCCAUUGUACUUGUUAUUGGACAAAAGCUAGAGAUAUGUCAAAGGGAAGAAUGUAACUCUGUCUAGACUGAAUAGUGAUCUGUCAGAGGGCACCCUUGUCCGCGAUAAGAUGUCCGUCUUGUUUAUGAGUAAUCUAGCUAUAGAUAGGUGGAGGGGGUAACGGUUGGCUAGUUGCUAUCCAUCGUGGGCAUCCUCGCCGAAAAUCACUGGAAACGGUGAAAGGUCAGUGAGCCACCGUCCACAAACCCAGCUAGACAAGGAGCUGAUGGGAAAUCUGUAUCCGUAGGUCCCUUCACCAUCAAUCACUCAUCACUUUGACAAUACAACCAUACAUAAAUCUUGAGGAAACGCCAUUCAGCCCAGACUGAUUAGCUGAUUAUUUCACUCGAUUUACUCAUUCUUUCCCAUGUGUCGAUCUUCAUGGUGGUCCUCCUCAGGACUUGGUACAUUAGAGGUUUCU